UGCUCAGCAAGUGAAGGCGGCUGAGAUUACGGAGCAGGAAUCAUUGCUGCUGACUAGAAAUCUACUCCGCAUUGCGAUAUUCAACAUCAGCUACAUACGAGGGCUUUUUCCUGAGAAAUACUUCAAUGACAAGUCGGUUCCCGCCCUAGAGAUGAAGAUUAAGAAGCUGAUGCCCUUGGACGCCGAAUCCAGGAGGCUAAUCGACUGGAUGGAGAAAGGUGUCUACGAUGCAUUACAGAAAAAAUACCUCAAGACACUAUUAUUCUGUAUCUGUGAGGAUGUAGAAGGCCCCAUGAUAGAGGAAUAUUCUUUUUCCUUCAAUUAUAUGGAUUCUUGCAAGGAAGAGGUGUCAAUGAACAUAAGUCGCAAUGGAAACAAAAAGAAUGGGGCCACCUUCAGGACUAAUAGCAUGGACAUCACUCCUGAUCAGAUGAGGAGCUCUGCUUGUAAGAUGAUUCGUACUCUGGUUCAACUGAUGAGGACUCUGGAUCACAUGCCAUCUGAGCGAACCAUUCUGAUGAAGCUUCUCUAUUAUGAUGACAUUACGCCAACGGACUACGAACCUCCCUUUUUUAGAAGUUGCAGUGAAAAUGAAGCCAGGAACAUAUGGACCAAAAAUCCAUUAAAAAUGGCGGUUGGAAAUGUCAAUAGCAGGCAUUUGGUAUUAGCCCUCAAGGUGAAGAGCAUCCUUGAUCCCUGUGAAGAUGACAAUGAUAACCAUCAAGAGGAAGAGGGGGAAAACUUAGGAGUCGAUUCUGAUCAAGAUCAUGAUUCCUCUUCUGACAGUGAUAUCCGCCCUUCCCUUGCUGACCAUUACUAUGUAGCUCCUGCUGGUGAGAAAUUUCCAGUUGAAGAUAAUGGAAACAACUCUGAUGCUGAAACUCAAGAUGCUUCACAUGAAGAUGAAUUGAUAACUCAAGUGAAGGACUGGAUUUUUUCUAGGCAUAUCAACACUUUUGAUCAUGCUGACAUUCUUUCCAAUUUUCCGGACAUAUCAAUGGCCCUAACUGAAGAUAUUGUGGAGAAGUUGCUAAAACAAGGAGUACUAUGUAAAGCUGGCAAGGAUAGUUACAUCAUCAGAAGGGAAAAGGUUUUUUUAUAUAUAUCUGUUUAUUUUCUCACUCUACUACUUUUUCUAACAAAUUUGUGCUAUCAGGAAAUGCAUACAGAAAACGACGAAGUGAAAGAAGAGUUUGUGGAAAUGCAUGACAUCCAACAAAGAAUGAAUACCAACGUUGAUGAGGACUACAUGUACAUGAAGGCUCUAUAUCAUGCUCUUCCAAUGAAAUAUGUGACAGCAGUGAAGCUUCAACACAAGCUGUCUGGAGAAGCCAAUCAGAAUACAGUAAAAAAAUUGCUCGAUAGAAUGGUUAAGGACGGCUAUAUUAAGAACACCGGAAAGAAGAGGCUUGGCAAGCUUGUAGUUCAAUCUGAAGCCAGCAACAAGAAGCUUGCUGAGGUCAAAGAAUUACUAGAUGGAAAAUCGAUGGAAAUUGAAAUCCCCAACCAAGCUUUUGAAUUCAACGCCAAAGAUCUACAGCACAAUGAUCACAACAUGAAGGAUGGCUCCACCUAUGGCGGCCUCCACUCCAUUGGAUCAGAUCUCACUCGCACCCGAGGACAAUCUGAACCACAUAAAAGUGAAUCAGUUCACAGUGGGCAGACAUAUAGUGGGAAAGCACAAGAGCCGCCGAUUUCUUCUUUAGAGAGUGGAGUUUUAGGAAGCAAGAUCUUCCGCCCUUCUGGAGCUGAAGGUAGCCGUUCAACACAAGAUAAAAGAUCUCGUAAAACAAGCAUGAUCAAAGAGCCUAUUCUUCAGAACCUGAAGCGUCAGAAGCCUGAAACUCAGUGAUUGGUAAAAAGAACUUAUGAUGAUACAACUAUUUAGAUACUGGCAUAUAGAAUUUCUAUCACAAUAUACCUUCUUGUCUAAUGGACUUUAGCUAUUGUUUUCCUGUUCUAAUCUAGAGAAUCUUUUUAUUGUUCUUUUAGUUUCCAGAUCAAA